GCUGUUAUAAGGGGGGGUCCAGAGGUUCGCGCGCUCAGUGUACCCGCGUCUCCCGUGUUGCGUGUGCGCACUCCGUAGAGUAUCCCACAAUUGUUGAUCCUAUCAGAAUGCAGCUCCUAUUCGCCUCAUGUUUUCUGCUCUUCGCUGCGACCCUAGGCCCAGCCGCAGCACAAAGGAUAACAACAAUACAAUUGGAUGGCGUCCAGUACUUCAUAUCAAGAAUGAACCCCUACAGUCCCGAGCUCAACUAUUUCCUAGCUUACCAAUACUGCAGAUCGUUGGGUCUUCAGCUAGCGUCAUUUGAAACUAAAGAAAAAGCCGACUCGAUUACAACGUAUUUGACUAAUGCAGGCUACAAUAAAUAUGAUUUCUGGACGUCUGGUAACAACCUCGGUACGGAUAUGUAUUUAUGGAUGAGCACCGGCCUGCCGUUCAACGCCACCUUCAACUACAUGCGACGCCUCACCGUGGAGCACCCAAGCCAACACGCUGACGACAGCAUGGACCCACUUGAUGUCCCACAAGGAAGCACUGCUCCGCAAAGGACGGCAAGACAUGGUCUGUUUUCUAGAACCGAGCACGUGAUGACCAACGGCUGCGUGGCGCUGAAGGCUCCGACCUUCCACUGGGAGCCGCAGCACUGUGGAGAGAUCAAGGACUUCAUCUGCGAGCAGACCCGCUGCUACUACUACAACUACGGAUCCAUUCCCGUCUCGUCAGCACAGGGGAAACCACUCUCGAUGACGACCACGACGACUGCUCACCCGCUCACGUCGUCAUCACCACCUCCACCCCGCUCUGAACACCUCCCGACACACUUCACUCUCAACGACCUCAUCGGCAAGCUUCGUCCUUCCUCACUCGAUGGACUCCAGUCGCCUCAUCUUAAAACUGGUGCUGUCUUGAAAUCACCGCCGCAAAUAGACUCUCAUUACUCCCGCGCGAGCGAUGCCCACGUCAAGGAGCCUGAGAAGGAGGAGCACACUCAAGGCCCCUACGAAGAUGAUGACGGCAUGGUAGGAGACGACCCUGCUGCUUAUUUGACUCAAGAGGUGCAUGACGCACCAGUAAUGGAUGAGAUAGCUUCAACCGCCGAACCGGACGCUACCGAGCGAUCCGUCCAUGCCAGUGGUAUGCUGGCACCUCCCGCCUACUAGCCUCCGUUUCGGCAAUUACUAAUUUAAGUCUUAUAGCGAAAGAUUUUAGGUCGUAUUUACUACCAAAAGUAUUAUUCGGAAAAUGAUAAUAAUAGCUUAGAAUGAACGUAAUGCUUGCUUUUGAGAGUAUUUUUAUAAAACUCUUCAUGCUGUAUAUGAUUCAAAUAAUGUACUAGGUGAACGAAUGAGUGAUGGUGUGUAAUGGGUGGUUUAGAUUUCCUGUGGGGUUGAUAUUAAGCUCAGGAAGGUGCUGGCGACUCGCAGUGCGACUUGCCUCCGUCUUCUUCAUUGAUACAAUCAUUCCAAGAAACAAGCAACGAUUUUGGUCAAUUUUAACUUGGUUCGUGUGCAGAUCUCUUAACAUAUAACUUGUAUCAUGAUGUAUAUGGAAGUUGAUCCGACAAAAUUAUCAGGACAUAUCAUUCGAUUUUAGUGUUUUAAGAUUAUAUGUACCUACUUAAGUAUUUUAAGUUAAAACUCGAGAAUUUAAAAGAAUAGUGAUGUAACGAUGAUAAUAAAUCUUAAGAAUAA